CGCAAUACUAGUAGAUGCCAGCAACAGCACAGCAACCCUUGUCUAUCCCGUUCUGCUUCAUCUUCCGCAACCCAAUCCUCGCCGCCUGCCUGUCUGCAUCACCUCACCACUCGAGGCUCCCUCCUGUGUCCUGACUGCGGGCUCUGUCGUCCCUUCAUCCCUUCCAGGCCGCCUUUCACGAGACACGAACCCAAUAGACUUGGCCGCGGCCUCGGCAGCUUUCCACACAAGAUGAAGCACUGCCUCUAGGGAUCGCAUACUUGCAGCGUAUUUGAAUUUACUGUAUUAUACAACUCCAUAUACAGCCUGUCUGCGGACAUCACGUCUCGCCUCUUUUAGUUCUUGGUUUCGCAACUAGCUCAAUAGCCAGCCACCAUGUCGUCCGACGCCCCGACGGCCGCCUGGCAUCCCGCCUUGAUGCCGAACUUCUCCCCGGAUGUUGCGGCCGACACCACAUCAUCCGAGUCGGACAAACCUUACGACCCGCCCUCCGAAGCUGCCCCCAGUGCGCAGCCCGAAGCUCCCGCCGCCCCAGAACCUAUCAUUGACCUCUCUCGUACUCGGGAGAGCUCGGUCGCUGAUGAGUGGUUCCCAAAUUACGAGGCUGGCAGCCCGCGGAAACAAGAUCCGGAGCCCCAACCCGUGGUGCCAGUAAAACUUGAGCAGCCGGAGCUUGGAUCAGAGCUCCAGGCUGAAGACGCGCCGUUGCAGGAGCAGGAAACUCUGGCGCAUCACGAAGAACAGGCGCCGGCCGAUGUGGUCGAAACGACGGAACUCGAUGGGGCUGCUGAAACUCCGGCCGAACCCGUUCAGGACCAGCAGGACUCGAAUUCGUCGGCGCCCAAGCAUGUGAGCAGCGAUUCAUUCGCGCGCACCGUCUCACACCAACCGAACUGGAUGAGCGAUGAAGAAGAACCCGAAUGGGGAUUGCCUAGGGUCGAGACGGACCUCUUCAACAGGUAUAUGCCGCCGAAUGAAAGGACCAAUUCUUUUCCUGUGGUACCACAGUCUGGGCACCAUGAAAAUGAGGUUGUUGAACCGCUCCCCUCAAAUCAAGCAGAGGAUGUGCUUCAUGAAAUAGAGCACGAAUCCGAGUCUCACGAGCAUGAGCACGAGCACGAGCAAGACGAGAGCAUCAUGCCGCAAGCAAACAACGCGCUGCAGCAGGAUAAUUUCUGGGGCGAUGAUGAUGCUGAAGUAGGCUUCACCACACAGGGAGGCGAUCUGCAAGCUCCAGAGGAGGAGGCUUCGGAUGCCAGGUAUGCUGAAGGACUGCCCUUGAUCGACCACCAGGAAACCGAAGAGCCGACCCAGCCAGAGCCCAGCAAAGCGCAAGACCCGUUUUCUGUCGAUGGAGAGGGUGAUGACUUUUUCGAUCAGGUCGCAGCGGGCGAAGAUAAUACAGAGGCUGUGCAAUUCUCGCCCGGGCAGCUAGAAAGAAAGUCGACAAUGCAGGUGCUCAACGGACUCGACACGACCGAAUCCAAAGGGCUGGCUGGCCUGGUUUCAGACACUCUGGAGGAGGAGGAGGAAGACGAAAACCAAGGUGGAAUCGAGUCCUGGGCUGCAGAGGAACCCCAACACCCGGCAGAGGAACCGGCCGUGGCAGAGGCGCCCGCUGCUGCCAGCAAAGGAGCCGAGGAACCCCGUGGUGAAGACAUCGCUGCGAAAUGGUCUGAGGCCUUUGCGAGUGAUGAUGACGACGGCUUCCUUCUGGAGGAUGAGCCCGCCGAGGAUGGUUCGGAGCCAAAGGCAGUGGAUCCCUCGGCCUUCUUUCUCGACGACGACGAAGGAUUUCUCGAAGACGUCGAAGAAACAACAACUUCACAGUUCCCCCAGCCCUCUCCCAGCGCCAGUCAACCGGCUCAAACACCAGGCUCGAGUGCUGGCAGCAGAUACCUGCCCACGAGCACUGCGCAGCCUGGCGCGGCUCCCACACCGAAUCCCUAUAUCCCCAGUGCUUCACCUACAGUGCCACAACCGCCGAUUCUCAACCCCGUCUCACUGAUGCCUGCCGUUGCCGGGAAUCCCUAUGCUGUUCAGCCUCCACCACUGCAGCACUCAACGACAGCGCCUCUCGGCACACAGCCUGCGAGGCCGCCCGCGGUCAACAAGGCGCAGAGCUUCGCGGACAAGGCGAAGGGUGGUUACUCUUCUCCGUACGACCUCCCGAUGGAAGUUGUCAAGCCGAAGAAACGAGCCAGUCUACAACAGAUGCCUCGAGCGUCGCCAGCCCCAGUAUCUGGGCCUCCGGCACCCCCAAGGAGUUCAAGCAUGCAUAGCCAACCUCCUGUGCCGCAAAUCCCAACAGCGCCCGCUCACGGCUCCAUGCCCCCUGUGCCUGACCAAACGCAAAACUCUACACCGAGUAUUUCGCCGCAGUCAGCUGUCCACCCUGGCCAGGGACCUUCAGACAUCAAACCUCCCCAACAGCUGAAGCCCAAACCUAGCUUCUUUGAGGAUCUUCCAUCAUCCCACAGGGUACGACCUGCCUCGCGUACGAGUAACAAGAGCCAACCCUCGCCUUCGCAAUCCAGCUUCAACGGGCCUCCUCAAGCCCCGCCACCCCCGCCAUCGUCGACACUUGCCGUGCCGCAAGACUCUUUGGCACCUGGCCAUCCAGCCGCACCAGAUAUCGCGAAAUUAGUACCACCGGCACCCACAAACCCAUAUGUUUCGCUCCCAUCUGGACCGGCUGCCGAUGCAGGCGGGCCACCCCCAAGCGCGUCACGGUACUCCCCAGCGCCACCGCACGGCGCCAUCCCCAGUAGCUCGGCACCUCCGCCAGUGAGUCGAUACUCACCCGCGCCUCCUGCCCAACGUACCGCAGCGACGCCACCUACCGUGUUGCCUCAUUUGCCCAGAACGUCUAGCCCACUGGCAAACUUUGAAGUCAGCCAUGACCGGCAAAGACCUCUGGCUGGCGAAAAUGGCCUGCAUUCAAGUCGAAACAACUCCAGCUCGCACGAGCCAAGGCUGAACAGAAUGUCGUCCCUACCCCCAACGCGAGAGGUCGAAGAAGAGGAUGUUACUGCGCAACCCGCAACCGGUGCUCCUCCGCCAAUGGCUGCUGUCCAGAGAGCCGUGACCCAGGACUUUAAUCAAGGUCAAUUUGCACCCCGAAGCCCGCAGCGUCCCCCGGUUGCUCAGGCGACCUACAACCCAGAGGUUAUGUCUGCCCCUAAGCGAAAGAUAUCGUACGGACCGGCUCCAGCAACUUCGAUAGUACCCCCUCCAAGGUCCAGCACCGGUUCGCCUGGCGCCAUGUCUGGCCUCAGGUCUCCCAUCAAAGCCUCAGAAAUGGUCCCGCGACCGUCUUCAGCAUACGGUCCGUCGCCGGCGUCGAUAGCUAAUGUCAUGUCGCCGAACAGCGUGGCAGCAGCCCCCACCUCAGCAGUCUCGGGCCGACCUAGGGGAAUGUCACAGAAACUGAAUCUGAUUCCACCUACAGAUGGCCGUGAACAUGACCCACUGCAGCGAUGGAGAGGGUGCCCGUUGAUAAGCUGGGGUAGCGGCGGAAUGAUUGUGACCUCAUUCCCUGUUGAUGUGCCGAGGUACGGUAUGAACCAGCCUGCCCCGAUGAUAGUCCGCAGUCCUGGCGAGGUUGUCAUCAAGGCUGUCAAGGACAUUCAACCAUUGGAGGAGCGUCUUGCCAAGUUCCCUGGUCCACUCAAGGGCAAGUCGAAGAAGAAAGAAACUAUUGCUUGGCUCACAGCUGGCAUUCAGGAGCUUGAGCAAGGUCUGCCGAAUCCAGGUCUUCAGACAAAUUUGUCACAUGAGGACAAGCGAGCCACUGAGCGUGUGCUGUUAUGGAAGAUUUUGAGAACGUUCAUCGAGAAUGAUGGCGUGCUCGAAGGCAACCCAACGGUAGAAAAGGCCGUACGUGACAUCCUCUCCGACACAGCAACUGGACAAGCCGGUAUUUCGUCGCCUUCCUAUACGACUGGUGCCGACCUGGGAAGCUUCACGGGCGAACCUUCCGCGCCGCAAAUGCAGUCAGACUCCAUAGACCCAGCAACCAUACACCAGCUCAAAGAAUCUCUGAUGGCUGGAGAGAGAGAAAAGGCAGUUUGGGACGCUGCCGACAAACGUCUCUGGGGACACGCACUGCUCAUUGCCAACACGGUGUCACCAGAACUAUAUCACAAGGUCUCACAGGAGUUCAUCAAGAAAGAAGUGAAUUUCCCUGGGCGCAACAACGAAUCGCUAGCUGCUCUCUAUGCCGUCUUGUCCGGUAACCACGCGGAGUGUGUUGAUGAGCUCGUACCUACGCAUGCUCGGGCAGGGGUUCAGCUUAUUGCAUCAACUUCGCGCUCGACCGCCGCUGGCGUAGACGGCCUUGAGAAGUGGCGCGAGACUCUGACUCUCGUUUUGAGUAACAGGAGUGCUGGCGAUGUUCAGGCCCUGGACGCUCUUGGGAACUUGCUCUCUGAGUACGGUCGGGCAGAGGCGGCCCACAUAUGUUUCCUGUUUUCUAGAACUGCGACCGUAUUUGGUGGCCUUGACGACCCGAAGGCUCAAUUUGUGCUCGUUGGUGCAGACCACCGUAAGCAGGCGCAGCAAUUUUUCAAGGAAACCGAGGCGCUUCUGCUCAGCGAGGUGUAUGAGUACGGACUGACCCUCUCUGGAGCUCCACACUUCGCAGUUGGAGUUCCUCAUCUGGCUGUUUACAAACUGCAGCACGCCAUGACUCUAGCCGAGUAUGGCUUGACAGAAAAGGCUAUGCAAUACUGCGACAUCAUUUCGAAGGACAUGAUUGCUCAGACCAGGAGGUCACCAUACCACCACGUGCUGUUGGAGACCGCAGUUGAGGACUUGCGGCAGAGGAUCGCACAAAGCCCUCACAAGGAGACCUCGGGCUCUUGGAUCUCCAAGCCAAGCAUGAACAAGGUGUCUGAUUCAAUGUGGAGCCGCUUCAACAAGUUCGUGGCUGGUGAUGAGAAUGAGGCCCCUGGGCAAGGAUCACCGAAGCUCGGCGAAGAGUCUGGUCCCUUUGGUCGUAUCGCCGGUGGCACGCCGACCAUCAGCCGCCCCGCCUCCGCCUCGAAUGCUACCGGCAUGGAGAUGUUCGGAUCGCCCAAUGGGUACGCAAACGGAGGCGCUCCGCUUGCGCCGGCGAUGUCGACUCCGGCGAUGUCGCCUCAGUUAACAAGAGCGUCUUCGAGAUACGCACCCGCGGCCCCAUCUGCUUAUGAACCUAACGCGGCUUACACCCCGAUGGGACGCUCAUCGAUGGAGCGGACGUCUGGCGAGUACAGUCGAGGUCCGUACGAGCCUCGGCGACCUUCCUCUGAUGUUCCAGCGAGCCAUAUUAGUGCAUACACUCCCAACAAUGUGCACACACCAGCGCAGAGUCUCCCCGAUCCUGGACUCGGUAUUUCGAGCCAAUCUCCCUACCAACCAGCUCGGCCGACUUUCAAUACGACAGCUUCAGCCCCUGCACCAGCUGGGCCCUCGGUUCCAACCACCCCGGCCUUCUCACCCUAUGCUUCCUUCUCCCAACACUCGUCACCUUACGCGCCUGCGCCACCCACCACAACCAAUGCGUCGCACUAUACCCCGAUUGCUCCUACCGCUGAGCACACUGUAGCUAGCAACGACAGUCCGUCAGAACCAUCGUUUGGAUACCAGCCCCCAUCGUACGGCUAUGAGCCACCAGCGACCAGCUCAGUGGAACAAGGACCCACUGAGAUAGAGCAUCAAGAUUCUAGCGGCGGCUAUGAACCUCCUUCAUACCAACCUCAGGGCUUCGAACCUCCGUCUUAUGUGCCAGAUCCUGAGCCUGAUAAUGAGAACACAGAGGGCGGGGAUGAGCCCAAGCCGAAGAAGAAGAGUUUCAUGGACGAUGAUGAUGACGACUUCCCUCCCAUGAGGUCAAUGACGCCAGGUGAGAAGAGCAAGGCGGAGAAGGAUAAAGAGAACGAGGAGAUGUUCCGCAAGGUCGCGGAAGAGGAAGCCAAACGAGCCGAAGCCGAGAAAGCAGCCAAAGCCAAGAAAGGAUGGGGUUUGACCUCUUGGUUCGGCGGCGGCGCAAAGAAGGAGUCUCUCGAGAACUCCCCGAACAAGCCGAUCCGUGCCAAGCUCGGAGAAAAGUCCAGCUUUGUCUAUGACCCCGACCAGAAGCGCUGGGUCAACAAAGCCGCCGGGGCGGAAGAAAGUGCCCCCAAGUCUGCCACGCCACCCCCUCCCCGCGGCACGCCUCGCCCAGCCGGUGCUGGAACACCACCGCCGCCCUCGAGCUCUGCGCCGCCGAUGAGGCCCACCCCGCCAACGAGCUCUGCCUCGUCACCCAACCUGUCUGCCCCAUCAGCCGUGCCGCCAUCCAUGAUGCGCUCCACCUCAAACGCUAGCAGCGUGGGAGGUGGCCCGCCCUCCGCGCCGCCCAGCAGGCCUGCGACGAGCAUGAGCAACGCCAGCAGCAUUGAUGACCUCCUGGGAGCAGCGGCGCCGCGUAAGGGUGGCGCCAAGGGCAAGAAGAAGGGCGGGCGGUAUGUCGAUGUCAUGGCCAAAUAGGGCGUUUUGACAUCUGGCGUCGCUGCCAAACGAUGAGUGGAAGUGAAUGACUGGUGGUGCAUGUGGAGCGUUCUAAUACAUAGCUAUGGGCAAUGGAGACGGGCGAGCCCAGACAUAAUUUAGCGCCUUGUGCGUUAGCGCCUCUGGUCGUUUUGACAACCAUACUGAGCAAGCCGAUGAGAGAUGGAGUAUAUGGAUACACGCAAAGAAACGACGCAUAAAUGGGACAGGUAAAGCAAGUGAUCGCUCUUGCUGGAGAACGGUGCACCUCCGUUACUUGGGGCAAGAAUCAUGAGGUGGAAGUGGGCAUACUGUAAUAGAAGUGUUGUAAUGAUAAAAGUUGUUGAUGACUCUA